GCACCAGGCGACGGGGUGAUGGGCUGCCGAGCAGGACAAAAUCACAGCCAAGUCGGAGUCAAUUUAAAGCUUUCUAUAUAAAGACAAAGUUUUUUCAGUAAUUGCUUUAGACGAUUGCAAUAAGACCAAAAUAGCCUUUGAGGAUUGCAGCAAGACCAAAAAAACCUUUGCCAAAGAUGACUUCUACGUACAAUAUUAACAAGAACCUCGCCCAAAUGUUGAAGGGAGGGGUGAUUAUGGAUGUUACCAAUGUCGAAGAAGCAGUUAUUGCUGAAAAAGCUGGGGCUGUUGCCGUGAUGGCAUUAGAAAAGAUUCCAAGUGAUAUGAGAAAAUCGGGCCAAGUGUGUAGAAUGUCUGAUCCAAAGAUGAUCAAGGACAUUAUGAAUGCCGUUUCAAUUCCAGUUAUGGCCAAAGUUAGAAUUGGACAUUUAAUUGAGGCCCAGCUUUUGGAAAGUUUGGGAAUUGAUUAUAUUGAUGAAUCAGAGGUAUUAACUCCGGCAGAUAGAACUUAUCAUAUUGAUAAGACCCAAUAUAAGGUUCCAUUUGUUUGUGGGGCCAAGGAUUUGGGUGAAGCCUUAAGAAGAAUUAACGAAGGAGCAGCAAUGUUAAGAACCAAAGGAGAAGCUGGGACCGGGGAUAUUUCAGAAGCAGUUAAACACAUUAGGCAAAUCAAGGGAGAAAUUGAUUUGAUUUUGGCUAAUAAAACUGAUACAAACUUCUUGACUGAUAAAGCAAUUGAGUAUCGUAUACCAGUCAAAUUACUUGAGGACUUGAUUGAGAAGAAUGGGAAAUUCCCCGUUGUUAAUUUUGCAGCUGGUGGAGUUGCCACUCCAGCAGAUGCUGCAUUAUGUAUGAAAUUAGGUAUGGAAGGUGUUUUCGUUGGUAGUGGGAUUUUUAGAUCUUCAAAUCCCGAAAAAUUGGCAAAAGCCAUUGUGAAUGCAACUACUCAUUACGAUGAUCCCGCCAAAGUAUUGGAAUAUUCUACUGAUUUGGGUGAAAUGAUGCCUGGUGUUAGUGUUAGUGGCUUACAACUUCAAGAUAGAUUAUCGACUAGAGGUUGGUAAACAUGAUUAAAACUAAGAUAUAUAUAUAUGUAAAACAAA